AUGUUUCAGCCACUGCGAGGACAACCACCAGUGUUUUCAGACAAUACGGACGCCAUUUGCAUUGGAAGUGGUCGGUUCUUGCGGUCGGUGCUAGUGCCAACACUUCGAGCUGCUGGUAGUGCUGUUAUAGUAGCUCAGACACGAGGAACGAGCUUUGCAUCCGCGUGUAUCAAAUCUCAAGGCAAAUAUGAAAUUGAUACGAUCCAAAAGGAUGGAAGUGUACAGACUGAAGUUAUUGAGGUAGAAGCUGUUGGUUCAUUGGGAGAUACAGAAGGUCGUGUCGCCUUUAUGCAAUUACCAUCCAAGUUACCAAAUCUCAAGUAUAUUGGCUUUGGAGUCACCGAGAGUGGUAUUAUAAAGGGAGGACGUGCUCUCGUGGAUCUGACUGAAUUGCUCUACAACUGUUUUCAGACAAAUUCUACCCAGGUGAUUUCGGUGAUUAAUACGGAUAAUCUGCCGAAGAAUGGCGAUACGAUCAAGCGUUUAGUAUUAGAGACUGAAUGGAAGAAUCAACCAAGUGAUCUGACUUUAUUUCGAGCAUAUGUCAUGUCCAAGGUCUAUUGUCAUAAUACAAUGGUGGAUCGUCUGACAUCUCAUCGAGCUGGUGACUCAUUAGUACCAUUGACUGAACCAUGGCCGACCAAAACACUCGUGAUUGAAGAUAUUGACCAUGUGCUCGAUACCAAAGUGUUCAGUGCUUUGCCAGGUGUGCACAUACGUACGACUGCAGGUCAAUUGGAACAAGACCAUCUGAUUAAGCUUAGUAUUGCUAAUGCUGUGCAUACGGCGAUGGUAUAUUUAUUGGCCCUGACGCGUGUGAAGACAACGUGUGAAGUGUUAAAGUAUCCAGAGAUUCGAGAGUUGCUGGAUCUAUUAUAUGCCAAAGAUAUUGCUCCAUCGCUUGUAUCACGUGGUAUCAGCAAGGAGGAGGCUCAGCAUGCGUAUGACGAAUGGAUGGGACGUAUCGAGCAUAAGCACUUCGGCUUGGACACUUUUUGGGUCGGACAGAAUGCCAUGCUAAAGUACGGUGUUCGGCUGUUCAGUUCCGUAAAGGCCAGUGUGACGAAAGACGAGACAUACCGUCCAAGUGUAUUCAUGGCGUUUGCUACUGCUGUGAUCCUGCGCUAUCUGACCCCGACGCAAGAAGCAUUCAAAAGGGAAGAUGGAAGUGACCUCGAUAUUUUUACUUGGGUGUACGCGAACGGGCUGAGUGCUAACGUUUCCACCGGCCGAUACGAGUUCCUGGACGGUGAAAAGGGCAGCACGGCAAAAAUUCUUUGGCGUGCCAGUCAGCAGGUGCUUGGUGCCAGCAAGAGUAGUAGUCAGGACUUCCCCAAAUCUGCGCGUGCCGAGUCUUCCUCUGAGAUAUCCAGUGGUGUUGGCGUCGCCGUUGCUAGCAUACUCAGCUCAGUCGAGGGCUUUGAUCUCACGAACGAUGCGUACGCUUCGUUUGCAGCUGAUGUUGCAGCUCUGUACCAGCGUCUCGUGUCCGGCAAGCAGACGGCCCUUGAGACCCUCAGCGACGUGCUACGCAAUCACCACACUAGUGAGUAUCUCGCUACCAAGGAGGACGUUGUGACAUUUGUGCGCGAGACUGUCGCCAACGUCCAGAUCAUUGACGUGCAUACGCAUCUGUUCCCUCCAAGCCACGGCAAGCUCAUGCUCUGGGGCAUUAACGAGCUGCUGACCUAUCACUACCUCGUGGCUGAGUUUCUGCAGACGGCGCCCAUGCAAGUGGAAGAGUUCAAUUCAUAUUCGAAGGAAAAGCAGGCCGGUCUUAUCUGGCAACACCUGUUCGUCGACCGUUCUCCAGUAUCGGAAGCUUGUCGUGGAGUGCUGACGACACUGCACUUGCUGGGCCUGGACUGUCUUGUGGCAAAGCGUGACCUACCUGCUAUCCAGGAAUGGUUUAAACAGCAAGAUCCUGAGGAGCACGUUGACACGGUGUUUCGCCUGUCGGGCCUCAAGUAUGCAGUAAUGACCAAUAUCCCGUUUGAACCAGAGGAGGCUCGCCACUGGCUGGGCGAUCCGGCUACAAAUACGCCUCCGCCUGCGUGGUCGCGCAAGUUCUUCCGUUCGGCACUGCGUGUGGACCAGAUUCUUCUUGGCGACUGGUCGUCCAUUGGUCCGACGCUGGACGUGUUCAAGCUACCGCACACGCUGGUGGGUGUGCGCACGCUUUUGGAGAAGUGGAUCGAGAUCAUAAAGCCCGAGUACUUUAUGGCGAGUGUGCCCGUUUUCUUCAAGUACCCAGAUGAUAAUGCGCCCCAGUCUGGUGCGAAUGAACAGCCGAACGGUGCGGAGCUGCUGCUACAGGUAUUGCUGCCUCUGGCUGAAGAAAAGAAGCUACCUAUCGCGCUCAAGUUUGAUAGCGUGCGUCCUAUUAACGCUCGGUAUGGUGUGGCGGGCGACGGCGUAAAGCCCAGCAAUGUGGAUAUCUUGAUCAAGCUAUGCCGUGACUUUCCUAAAGUAAAGUUCUUGGCCACGUUUCUCUCGCGCGUGAACCAGCACGAGGUGACGGUGACGGCCAAUAAGUUUCGCAACUUGCACCUGUAUGGCUGCUGGUGGUACUGCAACAACCCGUCCAUCAUUGAGGAGCUCACGCGGAUGCGUAUCGAGAUCCUGGGCACGGCAUUUACGAGCCAGCAUUCCGACGCGCGUGUGCUGGACCAGCUGAUCUACAAGUGGAGCCACUCGCGCGAUGUGAUUGGCGAAGUGCUUGUCGACAUGUACAAGAAGCUGUUUGCAACGGGCUGGAAGGUGUCCAAGAGCGACAUUCAACGCGAUGUACAACGGUUGUUUGGUCAGAGCUAUGAAGAGUUCAUGAAGAAGGACAUGUAA